AUGCCUCUAUUCCAGCCUCCAGUCGGCCCCCUCCCCAACGGCCUAACCCUCCACGGCCAGACAGCAAUAGUAACAGGCGCAACAUCAGGCAUCGGCCUCGCCCUAGCCCGCCAACUCCUACUCCUCGGCGCCUCCCCCCUCAUCCUCGCCGUCCGCGACGUAUCCAAAGGCGAAGCAACAAGACAAUCCCUCCUCGCCAACCCAUCCCUCCGCUCUCUCUCCCAACCCCCCGUCGUGGAGGUAAUGAAGCUCGACACAGAAGACUACACCAGCGUCAAAACCUUUACGCAAACUUUCACGUCGAAGCACACGCGCCUCCACAUCGCGAUACUCAACGCCGGCGUGCCGGGACUCCGACGCCGCGUUGCGGUGACGGGGCACGAAGCGGCCGUGCAGGUGAAUUAUCUCUCGAAUGUGCUUCUUACGUUGGAGCUGCUUCCGCUUUUGGAGGCUACGGCACGCGAGACGGGGAGGGCUGGACGGCUUACUUGGACGGGGAGCCGGGCGAUUGGGAAGACGAAUUUGGCGGGCAAGGCGGGUGUGGCAGAGGGGGGAUCGGUUCUCGGACACCUUGAUGCUGAGGCGAAGUUUGAUGGGAUGGCGCGGUAUGCGGAUAGUAAGCUUCUUGGAUUCUUGUUUUUGCGGGAGUUGUCGAGGCAUUAUGGUGUUGGUGUAGGUACCGGGAGCGAGGAAGAGCAGCGGGUUAUCGUCAACGCCUUUUGUCCCGGGAUGGUGGACACGAACAUGAGCAAUGUUCUCCCCCAGCCCUUCCGCUUCAUCGCUGACGCCGUGAAGGCUGUGAGGGCGAGGACGCCGGAGGUGGCUGGGUGGAUUGGGGUUCAUGCUGUUUCUGUUGCGGGAGGGGAGACGCAUGGGAAGACGUUGGGGGAUAAGGAGAUUUGGGAGCCGGAUGGGUUUGCUGUCUCGGACGACGGCUGGAGGUUGCAGAGGAUGUUAUGGGAUGAGACUGUGGAUGAGAUGGGGAGGGUUACGAGCGUGCCUGGGUGGAUGGGCAAAGUUGGGAGUUGA